AUGAUGUCAGAGAAGCGAAACUUUGUACAGCCAGGGUCAGCUCCCCAAGAGCUGCCCACAGAGGCGUACCCUGCGUCUGACAAUCGCGAGCCGCAUACUGCUGCUCCUGGCGGCGGCGGCGGCAUGCCUACCGUCGACGACCCAUUCAACUUCCCGACGACAGACGAGGCCCUGCCUGCCUACUCAGCUCAAGCAGCUGAUGCCGCCGUGCCGCCCGCAUUUUCAGACGCUGCGGGCUCAAGCAGUGCUGCGCCGUCGGCGGCGCCGUCGGCGGCGCCGUCUGGAGGCGGCGCCCCUCCAUCUCGCCCGUCGAUGAAGCCAAUUGCCAUUCCGCAAGUGGUUCCCGAUGCCACCUCUCCCUUCAUCACCGCCUACCCACCGUGCCUGCUGGCCCGCGGUAUCACAGAACAGUCCUGGAACUCGUUUUUGGACACCGUCUCGGCCUUUCUCACGGCCAAGGUCGGCGACAGAGCCGUCAGUCAUGCUGGCGACAUGGCCAAGCACUUCGCAGAAGGCACGACAAAUCUGGGCAAAAACAUUGCAAAUCACGGCAAGCACCUCGGUAAAGACAUUGCCAAGCAUGCAAAGAAGGGCAAUAUAUUUGGCGUUGCGGCGACGCUGAUUGCUGGCGCCGUUAGUCUGCCCGUCAUGACGGCGCUGGGCGCUGUAGGCACAGUGACUCGACUGCCCGGCGCUGCUGUCGGCGCCAUCACCAAAAAGCCAAAAACAGCUGCAGAUCGAGUCAACGCGUACAACGUGGUGGUCAACGAAAAGUGGUUUCACCAGCGAGGCCUCCAUAUCCAGCUGGUCGACACACCCGGUCUCGCCCAUGUCCUGGAACUCCCGACGACGCAGUUACUGGCGGUUGCACGUUCCGGAAAGGAAGGCAGUGCUUCAGGCAUGCUCCAAGCGCUGGAUCUUCAUAUAGAAUCCUUGAAGGUACCCGCAGAGACGACUCUUGGGCUGUCGGACAAGUCGCUUUGGCUUGUCCUCGUCGAGUUUGACCCCGAGGAGCUUGAAGAGCUGCAGGAGGAAGACAACGACAAGGCCAAGGAUAAAUACCAAUACGGUCGGGAGAAGCAAAGAGGCCCGAGAGGAAACAACAUGUCUUAA